ACGUGGCGGGAGCGGCGCUUGGGUCGCGAGAGGGUGGACGUGCUACACCGCCAUCUUUGCUCCCCGGCUUUCUCCGCACAGAAAGAACACGUUGUCGGAGACGGGAGCGCAGCACGCUGCAGUAGCCCGUCUAAAACUCUGAAAAGCAGUACAAGACGGCGUAGAAGAGCCGUCAGACGCCUGCGAAUCGGCGGGAGGCUGACAGCGGCUCACCACAGCCGGUUGCGGCCCUCCAUCCGUGGCACUGACCCACGACGAGCUCUGCAAAGAUGUCCGAGAAACCGACCCGCAUCGCCAUCGUGAACCAUGACAAGUGCAAGCCCAAGAAGUGCCGUCAGGAGUGCAAGAAGAGCUGCCCCGUGGUGCGCAUGGGGAAGCUGUGCAUAGAGGUGACGUCACAGAGCAAGAUCGUGUGGAUCUCCGAAUCCCUCUGCAUCGGAUGUGGCAUCUGCAUCAAGAAAUGCCCGUUUGGCGCGCUGUCGAUUGUCAACCUGCCGAGCAACCUCGAAAAAGAGACGACGCACAGAUAUUGCGCCAACUCCUUCAAACUGCACAGGUUGCCCAUUCCAAGGCCCGGGGAGGUCCUCGGGUUGGUUGGCACAAACGGUAUCGGAAAAUCGACCGCAUUGAAGAUCCUGGCGGGAAAGCAGAAGCCAAAUUUGGGAAAGUAUGAUGCUCCCCCUGAUUGGCAGGAGAUUCUCGCCUAUUUCCGAGGGUCUGAGCUGCAAAAUUACUUCACUAAGAUCCUUGAGGAUGACCUGAAAGCCAUCGUCAAGCCUCAGUACGUGGACCAGAUUCCCAAAACGGUCAAGGGAAGCGUGGGAUCAAUCCUGAGCAGAAAAGACGACACCAAGACUGAAGACAUAGUUUGUGAACAGCUUGAUCUCACCCAUCUCAGGGAUAGGAAUGUGGAGGACCUCUCGGGAGGCGAGCUGCAGCGCUUCGCCUGCGCUGUCGUUUGCAUCCAGAAGGCAGACAUCUUCAUGUUUGAUGAGCCGUCCAGUUACUUGGAUGUGAAGCAGCGCCUCAAAGCUGCCAUCACCAUCCGGUCCCUUAUUACCCCUGACAGGUACAUCAUUGUUGUGGAACAUGACCUGAGUGUGCUGGACUACCUGUCGGACUUUAUCUGCUGUCUGUACGGGGUCCCCAGUGCGUACGGCGUCGUCACGAUGCCUUUCAGCGUUCGAGAAGGAAUCAAUAUCUUUCUGGACGGCUACGUGCCCACGGAGAACCUGCGGUUCCGGGAGGCCUCCCUCGUCUUCAAGGUGGCCGAGACGGCCACCGAGGAGGAGGUGAAGAAGCUCUGCCGUUACCAGUACCCCAACAUGAAGAAAUCCAUGGGCGACUUCUCGCUGGACAUCGUGGAGGGCGAGUUCACGGACUCUGAGAUCAUGGUCAUGCUGGGGGAGAACGGAACUGGCAAAACAACGUUCAUCAGAAUGCUGGCGGGUCGUCUUAAGCCAGAUGAAGGCGGGGAGGUGCCUAUCCUGAAUGUCAGCUACAAACCACAGAAGAUCAGUCCUAAGUUCAAGGGGAGUGUGCGUGCGUUACUCCAUGAGAAAAUCCGGGAUGCUUACACACACCCUCAGUUCAUCACGGAUGUCAUGAAGCCCUUGCAGAUCGACAGCAUCAUCGAUCAGGAUGUCCAGAACCUUUCUGGGGGUGAGCUGCAGCGUGUUGCCCUGGCCCUUUGCCUGGGGAAGCCUGCCGACGUGUAUCUGAUCGAUGAGCCGUCCGCCUAUCUGGACUCUGAACAGCGUCUCAUGGCCGCCAGGGUCAUCAAACGAUUCAUCCUCCACGCCAAGAAGACCGCCUUUGUCGUCGAGCACGAUUUCAUCAUGGCCACCUACCUGGCAGAUCGUGUCAUUGUGUUUGACGGUAUCCCAUCAAAGAGCACAACAGCCAACACGCCACAGACGCUGCUUGCCGGGAUGAACAAGUUCUUGUCGCAACUUGAGAUCACGUUCAGGAGAGACCCUAACAACUUCCGACCAAGAAUCAACAAACUGAAUUCCAUUAAGGACGUGGAACAGAAGAGGAGUGGCAACUAUUUCUUUCUGGAUGAUUAGGGUCAGUGCUGAAGUGUCCAAAAGUGUCAGGUCGUCUUACCUGCCGCACACUAAGAAAGGUGACUGCAGGACCAACGCAGGUGCUGAGAUGCUCAUAGGCACCUUUGUGCCCCUGCUGUUGGUUCUGGGUCGUAUGAGAACUGCUGGUCACACCUUCCUGACCAGAUGGACUGGAAAUGAGAUACAACUGACUCACCGUUUAUUUUAAGGCAGCAACUUAAAAAAUAAAUAUGCUGUUUCUCAAC